GCCGAGCUUCUUUCAAUGAUUUCGCAACCUGCACAUCACUUUUCUCAGCAUCCGUCAUUCUAAUAACUAUUUUUCACGGUAGCACGUCUGAACUGGCCAUCUGUGACAAUGGCUGCUGUGGAGAGCAAUCCUCUUCUGCUGCUACGCCAAGCAAUCACGCAGAAAAAGACGAUUUUCCCAACCGCGUCUGACGACGAUUCAGCUGAAGAGGUUCCCUUGUCGCAAGCAACGCACCUCACCUUCCUGUUGCCCGAGCGUAUUUCCGUUCCCCUCGACGCUCAGACGAGAUUCUCCUCUCAUGAGACCUUCGUUAACCUUCGCAGCAUCUUUUUCGCCUGGUUGAAUCGAGAAAACGCGAUCCCGGAGUACAAUGCAUCCGUCGCGCAACUCAACGAAGAGCUUGGGGACAAGGGCCAAGUUCGCAAUCUUCUCUUCGUCGAACGAUUGGAUCUGAUCACAUGGUUGGAGGGAGCUAGCGAUCAUACCGAAUACAUCAAAUUCCUGGCCGGAGACAAAGAUGUUUCGACCUCUGUCGCUGCUCUAGCUUCGAAGGGAGCAACCGCUCCCGCAGCUGCUACGGGAGGAAGAUCUGGGAAGGGAACGGUUGACCCGCGACUUGCAGUUACACUUAGUGGAGAGCGAAAGAUGGGAGAUCGAAACAGUGUGCUUCGAGGUAUCAAGCCUACGGACUUCUCGCACGUACGCAAACUUGCCGCGCCUUUAAUGUCCAAGAAAUCGCAAUCAGCUUCAACUUCUAGCAUCCCCAACAAUCCUACACUGGCGACACAUAAGAAGCCGCGCCGGCCCGACCCCAUCAUCCUCCUCUCCCCUUCCGCCUCCUCCCUCCUCCGCAUGACGAACAUCAAGUCCUUUCUCGAGAAUGGCCAGUACGUUCCUCCGAACUCGUUAUCUGCUAGUUCUAGCACGGGUGCGAGUAUGCUACACAUUAACCGUCUGAUUAAGGACAUCGACCCGAAUCGACCUAUGAGAUUCAUUCUCGUCGAGGGCCCUGAGCAGUUCAAGCCCGAGUACUGGAACCGCGUAGUCGCCGUCUUCACGACCGGCCAGAGCUGGCAGUUCAAGAAUUACAAGUGGAGCAACCCUACCGAACUGUUCCGUCACGUUCUCGGCGUCUACGUCGGCUGGCGAACGGACAAGCCCCCCGAAGCCGUCCGCAACUGGGGACACCGCGUUAUGAGCGUCGGAAUAGACCCAUGGAAGGAGCCGGUACAGGCGUCCAUCGAGUCGACCCGAUGGAGGGACAGGGAGAUUGUGGAGCACAUCUGGAAGUCGAUCGAGGCUAACAUGAGAAACAAGGGUUGGCGACGAGAUCAAGCUCCUUCGUCGAUAUGAGAAUAGUCUUCUCUGGUUUGUCCAUGUACUCUCUCACCACAACCCCGGCCUAAGCCUCAGAAAACUUAGCACCGAUGAUGCUUAAAGGUAGCCUGGGCUCCAACCUUACCCCAUCACGAUUCUACUUGUUCUCCGCGAACUUCUUAUGGCGCAUAAGCACUGAGGUUGUAAUUUGCUAUUCCUGUACUACUAGGGACAAAAAGGACCUAUCUGAUACAACAACGGUCCAUCAUGAAGGCGUUAGGAAUUUUUUUUGCUACGCAACAAAGCCUACAGAUGGCUU